AUGGUGAAUCUGGGUCAAGGAAAUGACAACAAAGGAGUGGAAUCAGUUUUCAUACCCCAAGUUCGUAGUUUGCAUGCAGUUGGGUGUAUGAAUGGGUGUGGUGGCUUGAGCACACCUACGUGCUUUCAUGUGUACAGAGAAAAAAAAAUUUUGGAGGUUCAGAUUGCAAAGGUGUUGCCUGGGGGUGGUAUUCAACCACGAUUUAAGGCCACUGACAGUAUUG